AUGUCGUUCCUGUCCGUUCCUACAAAAAAGGGAAGUGAAGUGGAGUUGGUAAAACCAAUAGAACAUUACAUAAAGGGAAAUUAUGGCGCCGGUCCUGCUACAGCGUGCUCAAAGGGCCUUUCACACUUACAGAAAGUGCGGGCAAACAUUUUAACGAAGCUGAACGACAGACACGAGAGCACUGUGACUUACAUAGAAGAGUACGUUGAAUAUCUAUCCUCCAUAUUCAGUGUUUUCUCCCACCCUUAAGAUAAGGCUUUUACGCAGCAUGGAUUACACCCCCAUUCGUUCACUGUUUAAACGGAACUUCACUUGUAGAAUUUUUUAGUACAUUUAGUGCUGCGGGUCUUUGUCAACCGACUAACAACUUUCUUGUCUCCAAAGCCACCCAGUACCUGUUAUGCAGCAUUCCAGCCCCCUCGUUGUGCAGGUUUUGUUUACCAAAUUCUUUGACUGGGACGCAUAAACUCUAAACCCAUUUCAUCGUACUGGCUCAAAAAGGCAGAUACAGCUGACCGUUUCAGUAUUUCUUAGGUCCGUCUUAAUCGUAGAGUCAAACGUUCGGAUUGCGUACUGCAUAGAGAGCGUAUUUUAAAUAUAAGGGGCUUAGUCGUUCUGAAAAUCGACUUUAACCUUGAGACAUUCUUCCUGUAUUCUCGUCUACAGUAAGCUACUUCAUCCUUACUAUAGAUUUAGUCUGGUUGUUGCUCCAUCUCCGUCUCUUAUGACGAGUUCACUUUAGAAUUAAACCGCUUACUUACAUCAGAUAGGCUUUCGUCGUACCCGACCCAAUUGACUGUCUUUUAAGGGAAUUUUCAGUACAGGCGCGAAUCCGAGUCUAGGUAAGGUUGGCCGACGAGGGGUAGUAGACCAAAAAAUGGCUAUCCUGGUCUCCCUUGCCGGUACUUUCCAUCUGCAUACAGGCAGAUCCCUGACAGUCUCCAUGACUUCAGGACUUUCUUGGCAUUCGUUAGCUGGCCUGGUGAAGGAACCUUACUUCUUGACAAUCGUAUUUAUCCCUGGCCGUCCAAGGGUUGUUCGGCCAACUUAUUUGCGACUUAGAGGUGAAGGCGGGUGUGCGAAUUUUAGUUUUCACCUCAGCGCUUGUGGAUGCUUUGCUCUAAAUACCUAUAGGUUCUUUAUUUAUCUGUUUUAGGACUGGAUUAUUUUAAAAACCUUGUAGUCUUACGUGCCGAGACUCAUUGACCACUUCGUUCUUCCAUAUGCACGCAUCGAUUUCUUCCUCAUCCAACCGUUUAUCUGUUCCUAGGUACGUGGACACCCUCAUGAGCCUGGAACAGCGUAUUCCCAUGACAAAUCAAGAAGUUGCCAUACCAUUCAAAUGGUAUGACUGUUUCUGCUCUCAAUCACUCUUCUCUCGUGAUUCCAUGAGUAAGUUUAUCCGUUUGCUGGUUCGUCAUGUUCUUUUUGCGUCGCGGAUUACGCUACAGACCCCAGGACCCCAAAGUCAGUAGUAGGCGGUUUUGUCGCACCUUUCUUCCGGAGGGCCUUCCUAAACUGCCUUGUUUUGUACUUACAGAGGGUGCUGCUUGCUAACCAACUUUCCAGCCCAACUCUCUUUAUGUUACACGUCCAGAACGUCAUAUCGAUCUUUAUCCAUUAGCACCGAUAACGGUCCGAGAAGCAUCUUGCAGAGUAUUUGUCUGAAUGAAACUUUACGCCCUGUCUUUAGAACAGAAUCCUCAUUCGAUUUUAAUAUUUUUGUACACUUGAUGUGGGCCCGAUGGGUCUAGGAACACUUAUGGUGUUUCAACUCAAGAGAAUUUUUUUAUAUAUUUUCCAUCUCCCACUUAGAGGGAUAUACAGCUGGAUUCGAGCGUUGCUGCAUGAUCUUCAAUUUAGCCGCUGUUCACAGUCAGAUUGCCGCAAGCCAAAAUACUCGUGAUGACGAAGGCCUGCGUACAGCUGCCAAGUCUUUCCAGGUGAGCUCUCGUAUUCUGAAUCUGCUCUGUCUCACUAGAACUCUAAAAUGUAUGCCUUACGGGAAUUGUCAGCCCUGCCUCCCUGAAGUAGCAUUUAAUCUCAUCACGGGUUGGUUCAGAGGCUCUGACAGUCUCCUGGUGUAUAAGAGAGGAGUGAGACCGACACUGGUAAUCCAUCUCAUAGCAAAUCAGCUCAGUCCUUACUAUUAACAAGUCUGUCAUAAACCAAGACUCGUGGCUUUGAGGACUGCCAGCUCACGGUAUAACUUGGUCCUUCUCAGUACUGAGAGUCAGGCGGCAGUGGCUCCACAAUGUGGCCUUUAUAGAAGUCUUACCGACCUGAGGUGUGAACUACCCUUACAGAGACUUGGUGCAUGUAGUGGGCGACAGGCCAUGCGUGGCACGUGUUGAAUGGUUGUUUAGCCCUGUCGGCCACUGCGCCUCAACUCACCUCCGGCCGUCCUGAACCUGUAGCGCCAUCGGAGCCCGGUAGGUGAAGGAGAGUGCGGCAGAUACUGUGCAAGUCUACCGGUGCUUCGCCAAUUCCGUCAGGUACGUGGUGGGCGUCGUCACAUUCAACGACCGAGCUAUCAAGAAUAGCAUCUAGAUCAUCAUGUUUUGCUUUGAUAUUCGCCGUCUACUCGGUGACAUUCUCCCAGUGUCCCAAUCGAUUGUAAAGCUGAUUACUUCAGGUAAUUUUAACUUUUGAGCCACACGUCACGUUUACUGUACUCAAUGUCCUAAGCACUCUACUAGGUCUAGUGCAAACUUAUUGUCAUUGAUCCUCUUAAGUUGACUGAAGCCAUCUUCGGCAUUAGCGCUUCGCUUGUUUCUUUUUAUCCCCUCACCUAGAAUUCACUUGCAUGUCCAUCCCGCGAUUCAGGGUUUAUUUUAAAUGUAUUUUCCGAAAAUUCGUUUCACAGGCUGCCGCUGGGAUGUUUGAGUAUGUGAAGGUCAACCUGCCAUCUUUCUACAGCCAAUCACCAACAUGGGACAUGUGCAGUGAGUCUCUCGCCGCAUUCUCCUCAGUGAUGCUGGCCCAGGCUCAGGAAGCCAUAUUUAUCAAAGCCGAACAAGGUAAUCCGGCUCACUAGGUUUUUUAAUGCUCACUCGAUAAAAUUAAAGUUUUUCUCCGAUUGCAUCUUAUAAUCCGGCUUGGACUAAAAUCCCUAUAUGUACCGACUCUCAAAUGAUGUUUUAUCUCGACCUAUAUUGGUGUAGUCAAGGAAGUCAGUGGGUGCCAUUUCCUCGCCACCCGUUUACUCCAGUUCAGUUUAGAAUUCCAAAAUGAAUCCCUGAGGAGUCUAAGAAAGUUACUGGAACAGGUUUUGAAUGCCCGACAUUUGCGGGUAUUUUUAAUGACUAAGGCACACAACAAGCGCAUGCAAUACCCGUAGUUCGUCCUCCUGCCUGUCGUACAAUUUUUCGCCUUUGCCGAGAUUGCGUCUUAAUGCAAUUUUAGCCGUGCUGAAUGCAACGGAUCGGAUGCACGAUCCGACAGCUGCACCAGUCUGUGAUGAUUUCUCCCUUGUUACUCUACACUGUCGUCACCAUCAUUUUAGCGCACCGAACUGCUGAAAGCCCCACGGCAGAAAUGUGACAGGCUCAUUUAUUUAGGACCGUGGUCAAAAACCUCAACGCUGACAACGAAAUCGGGUUGUUAUAAUCGGCUUUUAUGCAAUCCGCUACCUAGCAGGCAACCGAAAAGUAAAACAAACGACCAUUCAUUUUUGAAAGUUUCUGUAUGCCGCUAACAAACAAUACUGAUAUAAGGGCGACCAGUUACUGAACGAUGGACAGCCUAAAGUCAGGAGUUACUAUGAGGGUCCCUUGACUGUCGCCACGCCUUUGGGUGGCAGUGGCUCACAGACAAUAAGCAACACUGCCUGUGUAAUGCAACCUUAGAAGGAGACCCUGCCUUAGUCGUCGGAAAUGACUGCAGGGGUGGCAUUUUUUACAUGUUCAGGGAGCCAAACGAAACGUGCACACGCAGCUGCUCGAACACCGGCUAACAUACGAGCACAUAAGCCCCAAAUCCCCGGUUGUAGGCGUGCAGGACGGGCCUCGAUUUGCCGCCGAGGCACAAUGCGAACCCAGCUAUUCACCCCAAGGGCCGGGCUCCAGUAUGCAGUACGAAUCGGUACGCCAACCCUCUGGCCUAUCAAGCCUCACACCAGUGCUAAACCAGACUGAUCGGGUUCGGUGAGACAGAUGUCAGGGACAGCACGAGAGCCUGCAACAAGGCUCUCCUAGAUGCUAGAUACCAUGGAAAGGGGGCCAACUAACAUCAAUACAGGUGAAAUCUUAACAGGCUGACGUAAUUGCCCGUUGACAGAGUCAAGAAGUUGCGGAUCAUACUCUAAUGACACCCUGUUUCACGAGCAGCAGCAAAAGAAGUUGCAGGAUAAUUUGGGCACGUAGCAAUUUUUUCCGCGUUUUAGUCUUUGAAAAAGACAGUGGACCAAAUUGUUGGAGAGCCAAUGUGUUUGUUCCAGUAUAUUUCUGAUUGCUCGGGCUUUUAUGACUUAUAGCAAACGUCAACAGCAUAUGACUUAGCUAAGGAAGCACAUUAAACGUCUUUAUAUAGUCAACUGGUUGCUGCCUGCCGCCUACCCACUAAAAAAUCGGGGGGGGGGGAGCGGUGUCUAUGGCGCCUAGAACGAGCCAAGUAGUAGAUGCCCUGGAGCAACACAGGGGUGCAGACGAGAGUCCGGCUGGCGUUAUCGGGAAUGCGCACCCAUAACAAAUGCAAGCACUGGGGGAUUUGGCUGCAGGCCUAAUUGUCGGCGCACGCCAUGCCAACUAGGAUCCGUACCCUCCACCCCUUCCCCCCUAUUUUUCUUGCUGUUCAAACCCUGACCAGUGCACGUUGUGAACCAGGGGAUGUGGUGGUACGCCUAUGCGUGGGUUUGCGCCAAACCAGCCACUUGCGCCCGGGGCCCAAGUGGGGGAGGAGAGCGUGUGGUAGGUGUCGCGCAAGUCUACUAUCACUAUUAACUAAUUCACGCGCAACUCACCGUCCCUGCUCUCGCCCUGUUGUUGCGCACACGGUGGACCUCGUCGGCAACGACGGUCGAACUGUCAAACGUAUUCGUCUUUUGGAAGCUGCAUGACGUGUAGGAGUCGAGACCUGCAUUGCAGUCCGAAAGUUUGGAAGCAAUCACUGCUCUAUCUGGAAGUUUUGCCUUCAUCCAACUCGCUUGAGUAUAUAUCGAUAAUUUCUGCGUACUAUAUUUGCAUAUAUUUAAUUAUUCUUUAGAAAUAUUCUGAAUGUGUAAGAUGGACUGAUCUAUGCGGCUUUGGAGGCAAACCCUCUUAUUGGUAUUUUUGGCAAAUCCUGUGAUGUUGGGCGCCUAGACGAUGUUUGUUCUUUCACAACCGUUGACUUACUUUCCUCCACUCCACAAAACUAAGCAGCAUCGAGAUCUUUUGUAAUCCCUUAUUAUCCAGCAGUAAAUAUUUCAAACCAGUUAUCUUGGCCUUAUUUGGAUGAACAGAAAUAGGUGUCUCUUGAACUUGGGACGUAACCUAGAUACAGGGCGUCAGCAAUAAGGUGGACAAUUCCACUAUGACAUGUUCGAACUUCAUCGUAGAUGCGAGAGCUGCUGCUGUGUGUGUAAGGGCUGACCCCUUUUGGUGUAUAGAAGAAUGGGACAGGAUAUACAUAAGGACGAUUCCGUAAAGCGUCCUCUAAAGUCGCGAGGGUGAAAUAUUCUUCAGUGCAGAGGGGACCUGCUUGCCUCAACCCCCUUUGGAUUCUUAUCUUUCUGCUAGCUUGUGUGAUCGCCGCACUUUUCUUAUGUUCAUUAGUCGCCCCCAUACAUCUGAAUGUGAAUAUAUGCCUGUAUGCGAAAGCAGAGACCUUUUCACUAAGCACACCGAAAAAAUCUGCCGUGGCGAAACAAAAUGAGUGGUUUUUCCAAACUUUACGUAUAGAAAUAAGAAGGAUUAGUUUGUUGAUUAAUUCAAUGUGAUUCUUACGCCUGUAUUAACUAAGGGCUCAGACAUGUUUCGCGUGUUUUGUAUCACUGCAUGACGCCGCUCCAUGCUCGCACACUGGUUUUUGAGCUCAAGCAUAGGUUUACGGCCACGGCGUGAACUCGACUCCAUUGUUAUGGCCGUGAUAUUUGAUAAGCGUUGCGAACUGUAUGUUUUCUGGCUUUGACCUCUGGCGCAUUUAUAGGGUCAUCUGCAGGUCAAUUAAGGCCAAAAUUUGCACUUAGGUAAAGAGAACGAAAAAAAACUUAUUAGGACAUCUUAAGGAAAUGCGGUUCACCCCGUGUUUUAUCUUUCGUCAGGUUUCUAGUUCGACAUGACAUAUCUCGUCUGACUUUAUGACCCUCAUCACUUUCUUCGAGUCUUUCUGAGCAAAAUGACCCUCCAGACGUUAACCGUUUUACCUCUAGCCGUCAUCCCUGUUUCAGUCUUUAUUUCAACUCACCUUAGAUGACAUGAAGGCCGGCGUUGUCGCCAAAAUUGCCAACCAGGCAGCUGCGCUUUACAAUGAAGCCCUAAAGAAUGUCUCCCUAUCUUCUCUGAGAGCCUACAUGCCCAAGGUAGGUGUAAAUUCCGUUUGAUCCCCGUGCCAGUAUGCCAAUCUGGCCAGACUGAUAUGCGGUUUUUACAUACGUGAGUAAUUUGCGGGGUUGUAGUUCCCCACUUGCCUUUUCGUUACCCAAAUUAUUAUCUCAAGUCUUAGUUUUGCUGCAGAAUGUACUUAGCUUAUUGUUUUUGCUGUCAAAAACCGGAGCACGGGGCUUUUCUUCUUCCCGGCCAGGAAUGGGCUUCUACUCUCUCGUCAAAGGCAAGUCUUAUGGAGACCUACGCGGAGUAUUAUCGUGGCGUUGCGGCAGGGGAGGAGCAGAAGUAUGGUGAGCAAAUUGCGCGAUUCUCCGUAAGUUCCAUUUGUUAAUUCGGGGUUUUGAAGCUCAUCAUCUGAUCGCACGCGUUCCGCCGAAUGGGUAAUAAUGCUUAGGAAACUAGCCGAUUCUCAUGGUCGAGCUAUUCUUUGUUGUCCCGGAAAAUGUGAAGGAAAAUCUCGAGAGGUUUACCGGCUACUCAAAGUCGUCUACUUACUUUCCUUAAGUUUCUGCAUUGUGUAAGUUGUCUAACAUCCCCUUAACUUAGGUUUACUAAAGUUCUAGGUUUUGAAGGAAAGGUGGACGUCGUCUGAGCUUAUUUUAGCACUUUCCAUGGCUAUACACCUCGUAGGAAGUCGUCAAUAUCCACCGCGCCCCUGUCUUCUUUCCGUUUAAAUUGAAUAUCCCCUUCGUUGUCGUUUUCCUUCAGAGAGCCUCCCAUUUACUGAAAAACCUGACCUCGCGCUCAGCAAGAGAUUCCGUCAAACAGUUUUCCGAAAAGGUUAAAAACGCACAUAAUACGGCCAAGAAGGACAAUGAUCUCAUCUACCACGACACAGUCCCUGACCCAAAGAGCCUGCCUCCCAUUGGCGUUGCUGUUGUGGCCAAGAAGACCCCGCUUCAGCUUCCGCUGAGUGGGAAAGCGCCGAAAGAUCGUUUUUCGUCCCUGGUCCCCAUGGCCGUGCAUUCUGCCCUCACCGCAGCCGAGGCCGUUCGUCAACAGAUGAUUUCUGUGGAGAUCGGCCGGCUCCGUGAGGCCUCAGAUGUGUGUAACAGGCAAGCGCCUUCCUUCGAGUUAACAUGCUAUCUUGAGUUUUGCAGUUGUAUGUCCCUACAAGGAGUUUACUCUGGUUGUAGACAACACAUCUGGCUACAACCCGAGAGCCUGAUAGUGCAUACGAAAUGGGUCCAGUCUGCUAGGCUUAUUGUAGGAGUCUUCUGACGCAGUGUCAUUUUGUCUUGAUGGGGUUUAGCACACUGGCCUCACUGAACCUGCCGGCAGCUGUACAGGACACCGAAAAAGAAGAAGCUCCCUCCGACUUGCUGGCAAAGGCUGCACAAGUGCGUUCUGCUGGUGGUGUGAAGGCGCUUGCCGAUUUGGCCAGUUCUCUCACAGAUGGGUCUACGCGAAACAAGGAGAUACUUGAUAACGUAAGCUCCCACUAUCCACUUUGGAUCUUGCCCCUUUUGAGGCAGGUCUCCUCAUCGCACUUAGCCCGAGUGACGGCUCUGCUUAACUUUAUGCCUCAGUUGAGAUGCUAAGUCUUUUUUGAAUAAAGGCCCCACCAAGCGCCACAGAGGCUUGUGGAAGCUGCCAAAAAUGGUCGGCCUCAUGUUUGUGUCAUAUUUGACGGAGGUUCGACCUUACGUACUGUGCGCAUCCCUCUGCCGUAACACUGCUGCAAUAGAGGUUCUCAUGUUGAUUCGAUUAUUACGUAUGCGGGGUGGCAGGUUUGGUGGUCCCCUCCAGACGUUUCUUUUUUUCAAACCGAUUUUCUCCAAUUUCAUGGCCCAUUUUGUAUUGCUUAAGAAUUGACACUUCACGUAGCAGUCACCUUCUGUUCCGUUUCAUUAUGCCCCGUGUGAAAUGCGUUUUAUGCCCUUUUUGCAGUCUGCUUAGCUCCGGGGAGAAUUAUAACCCUGGGUCGGUUCUCUGCCAAGAGUUUGGGGUUCCGGAGUUCAGUAAGCUGUUUAUUCAAUCACGAUGUGACAUGGCCAUAUGGUUACCCCGAGUUGGCCAUUUAAAGGCUGUCAGUAGUCUUUUUCGACACGCUUUCCAAGCAAAAAGCUCCCUACUUAUGCCCCUGCGUUCGAGUGCCUUUCGUUGAUGCACAUCAAACUCCUUUUCUACAAACUCUUUCGUGCUAAUAAAUCCUCUUUAUCCACAAAGAUAACUUCAACCGUCGAUGAGGAAGAAAAGACGGACAACGAUUUACGAAAGCAGUAUGGCGAUAAAUGGAAUCGUGCGCCUUCUAACAAACUCAACGCCGCCUGGCGACAGGAGAUUACCAAACACAAGGCUCUUCUCGAGCAGGUAUCCCUCAUCUCUAAAUAGCCCGUCCCUUUCUGCAUCGUCUUCUGAGUUAUCCAGUCUUUCUUCUCUUACCUCUCAGGCUAGUAUCACGGAUAAGGCACUCAUUGACCGUUAUCAUGCCAAUGAGCAUGACUUCAAGAAGCUAUGUCAAUCAGAUGAAGAAAUAAAGGAUUUGAUUCGAAAUUCAGACGAGCCUUCAUCACCUUCCUCUCCAACCGGCUCCAAGGGCCGAGAGAAACUGCGCGAACUCUGCCGCGAUAUUGAGACUAUGAAAGAUGAGCGCAAGGAAUUGCAACAACAAUUGCAAGCCCUGAAACUGCCUGAUGAAUUGCGUACGUUUCACUCCAUGUACUUUGUGCGUUUGUAUUGGUGUUUGGCCUCCAAAAUGGUUGGCGCUGUUGCGGCCGACUCAAAACAGAGCCGUCUUGGUGAAGUCAUACUCGAUUGA